AUGCAGAAGAAAUCCAAGCCCAGAGGAGCCUCUGACAAAGCAAAAAUGUUUGGGAUUGCGGAGGACCCCUGGGACCAAGAGAUGGAGGUGUGCGGCAGCGGCAGCACGAGCAUUACUUACAGUGAGGUGUCCUUACCAAGUCCCCCUCUCUCUUUAUCCCACAACAUGAAGCUGCCCUUCAGGCGGUAGGAACUGUUCCAGCCUGUGGCCCAGUUACAGUACCCUCAGCCUAAGGUAAGUGUCAGGGAACCCACAGAGCUGCUGACACUUACCCCCUGGUUGGCACCCAUCGUCUCCACGGAAACCUUCAACCCAGAGCUUCUGAAGAAUAUGUAUCAACCACUGUACCUGACCAGAGUCACCAUGUUUGCCGUAGGGAAGUACACCUGCUUCAUUCAGUCCUUCCCGAAGUCAGCUGAAGAGUUCUUUAUGCGUGGGUACCAAGUGCACUAUUACCUCUUUACCCAUGAUCCUGCAGCUGUUCCCAGAGUUCCCCUGGGCCGUUGGCUCCUCAGCAUCAUCCCCAUCCAGGGUCCCUCCCAGUGGGAGGAGAUUUCUAUGUGCUGAAUGGAGACCAUCAACAAACACAUUGACAAGAGGGCCCACAUGGAUUACCUCUUCUGUGUCGAUGUGGAUAUGGUCUUCCGUAACCGAUGGGGCCCUGAGACCUUGAGGGAUCUGGUGGCUGCCAUUCGCCCAGGGUAUUUUGCUGUACCUCACUAGCAACUCCCUUAUGAACGCAGGCAAGUUCCCUCUGCCUUUGUGGCAGACAGCGAGGGGGACUUCUAUUAUGGUGGGGCAGUCUUUGGGAGACGAGUGGCCAAGGUGUAUGAGUACCUCUGGGAUGACAGGAAGACUCAGCCACCAAACCUGAAGACAUCCGAUUCUCCUCAGUGGGGAGGGAUACCAACUGACUGAGGAACUAACAAACCAAGCUAAGACCCGCCCAGAGCCCUGUUGGAUCCCACCCCAAGCCAAGCCCAGUCUACCCCUUGCAUACCUCGGUAUACCAGGAGAGUCCAACCAGGAAAAUGGAUAUAGAGACGGUGUGAACUGUGAGGGGUUGUGUACCCACAGCGGUCCAGCACAUGAUUGGUUGGACAAGAGGGAGGCAUCACGAAACACAGGGCCUGUCAGGCCUCCCCACACCUACCCAAGGGAUGGAUGUGCCUUCUCUCGGCAGGCUGGGGAAUCCAGCUCUGAUCAAGGUACCUGGGGGCCACUACCUUCCCUUGUUAGUUAAAUACUGAUUUUUAGUUUCGUUUUAAUCUGCGACAGUGGGGAUCAAACCUGCGGCAGGCACAUGGAAGGGAAAUGCCCUGCCUUUGAGCCAUCCUCACCCCCACAUGUUAAAGACCUUUUCCCAAGUACAAUGCUGCACCCCAGCCACAGGCAGCUGCUCUUUACUCUGGAUUCCUGAGCUACCUCUGAAGCAGACCAGGCUUAGCUUCUCUGGUCCCCUGCAUCCCAUGGUGAG